AUGCUUCUAUUAUUGUCAGUGUAUGCCCAGUGUGCCGCUGGUGUGCACGACCCAACAACGAAGUUUGGGAUCUGUGGUAUCAUAACAGCUGUAGUCUGUUUUCCCAUUGGCCUAAUAUGUUUAUUCGUUGAUACUGAGCAGAAAUGCAGCAGAUGCGGCAUUAAACUACGCUAG